AUCAAUGCAUUCAAAAAAUAAAUAGAAAGAAAAAGGAAAGUCAAAUUUGCUCUUCAAGCCCCUUCCGUAGAUUUCACACACAAUGUAACCCCUCAACUUUUCAAAUUUCAGUCUUGGCUCCGUAGGUUUUGGAAGAGUGAAGACAGUACGUUGCAGAAAAGCAUUUCAAAAAGCUGAAACGAUAUCAAAUCAACGGCUACUUCUGUGAAAACUCGUUUGCUAUUUCUCAGUUACACCAAUUCUCGCUCGUCUUGAAUAAACCAGUUAUGGUUCUUGGUAAAGAACUUCACACACAGUAUGUGUGAUGUAACCCCUCUCAAGUGAAAAAAGGUGGAAGAAUCGGUGAACAGAGGAUGGGAGUGAAGAACCUUUGGGAUAUCUUGGAAUCUUGCAAGAAAACUCUUCCUCUUCACCAUCUCCAUCGAAAUGUAGGUGCUUUUUUGGUGAUAUGAUUAUUGUCUAGGAACAAGAGGGUGUGCGUGGAUUUGUCUUGUUGGAUGGUUCAACUUCAAAAUGUCAAUAAAUCGCAUUGUCCGACGAAUGACAAGCUUUAUUUGAAGGGUCUGUUCCACCGCCUCAGGGCCCUCAUUGCUUUGAAUUGCAGCCUUAUCUUCGUUACUGAUGGCGCGAUUCCUGCUAUCAAGUUAUCUACAUAUAGGCGCCGCUUGAAUGUUGGAAAUGAGGCCAUUCAAGAUGCUGGAAAUCCUCGCAAUGUAUCAGUUAAAAGAAAUAAGGGAUCUGAAUUUUCAUGUAUGAUUAAAGAAGCCAAAUUUCUGGGUGUGGCCCUUGGGGUUCCAUGUUUAGAUGGGAUUGAGGAGGCUGAAGCUCAAUGUGCAUUGCUUAACUCAGAAUCGUUAUGUGAUGGGUGUUUCACAUCAGAUUCAGAUGCCUUUCUGUUUGGUGCAAGAACAGUUUAUAGAGAUAUUUGUCUUGGAGAAGGUGGAUAUGUUGUUUGCUAUGAAAUGGAUGAUAUCGAGAGACAACUCGGGUUUGGAAGGAAUUCCCUGAUCACUCUUGCUAUUCUUCUUGGCAGUGAUUAUACCCAAGGAAUUCGUGGUUUUGGGCCGGAGUCAGCUUGUCAGAUUGUGAAAUCUAUUGGUGAGUCAGCUGUUCUUCAGCGGUUUGCAUCAGAGGGAUUAUCAAUUGCAAAGAAGCAAAAAAGCUCAAAAAAGAAGGGCCAAAUGUAUAAGGAUAAGAAGAAUAAUGCUGAUAGUGAGAGGGAUUUUAAUGGAAUUGAAUGUGAUUUAGCUGUAGACAAUAAGUUCUUGCAAGUGAUCAAUGCAUACUUAAUGCCAAAGUGCCAUUCAGCAGACUCAGAUGCUGUGCACAGGGUUCUUGCUCUUUAUCCAUUCAAUCACAGCCAACUGCAUCAGAUUUGUGCUCAAUUUUUUGACUGGCCUCCUGAAAAGACAGAUGAGUACAUCCUUCCAAAGAUUGCUGAAAGAAACUUGAGGCGAUUUGCUAAUCUUCGUUCAACCUCGUCGGAAUUAGGACUCCAUCUGCCAAUUAAUGAGAUACCAGUGAAGUGUCCUAUAUCUAGCAUCAUCAAGCAAAGGAAAUUCCAGGGAAGAGACUACUUUGAGGUUUCUUGGGAAGACAUGGAUGGGCUCAAAGCAUCCGCCGUCCCAGCUGAUCUGGUGGAGAGUGCUUGCCCUGAAAAGAUUCUGGAAUUCCACGAAAGAAAAGCGGAAAAACAGAAAGCCGCUCGUAGAUCAAGGCCGAAGCAAUCCAACAAAAGAGCAGCAGAGAUGAAGGAAAUUGAGGAUAAACUCCACAAAUUGCUGCUUGACAUUGAACAAGAAAGUAGUACCACAAGUAAUGCUGUUAGCUUAGGUGCAUUGUUGCCACAGAAGAUCCCAACUAAUGCGCAUGUUGAUCUGGAUGAAGGACGGUUGCACCUUAAUGCUAAGUCAGUAAGAAUUAGUCGAAAAGAUAAUGGCAGCAGCAACGUGGGAAGCUCUGGUUCUGGUUACUAUUCCACUGCUUCAGCAUCUUUAGAAACAGAAAUCAUUGAUCUUGUUAGUCCACCACCACGCGUACAUUCCCAUGAGGUCUUAAAAUGCCAAGAGGUGAGGAAUAUCGACGUGAUUGAGUUGAGUGAUACGGACGAUGCGUCACCUGAACAUGCCAGAAAAGCAAGGGAGUUGAGAUUGUUUAUGGCCAGUGUUAGAGAUGAAAACUUGUAGUUGACAGUACAGAGAUAUACGUUCGAUCAAGGCCUGUCUUGAUCAAGAGGUGUACUUUAUGUCAUGCUCUUUUUUUUAUUUUUAUCAGUGUACUGUGGACUGAUAAAACCCAGCUUCGAUGAUAAAUAUACAGAACUUUGUAAUAUCUUAUUGUAUAUAUG